CCCACCGCCGCGCUGCAGUUUAAGAUCCGCGCCCCACGCCCUGGGAGCCUCGUGCUUACCGGCCUCCUGGCGGCCGCUGAAUUAUUUCAUUCUAGGCGGAGGGCGGGGGAGCAAAGGGACCCCGCAGCCCAGCCGUUCCGGGCGCUGGCAGCGUGUAGAGGCUUGUGCGUGCGCUACUCGCCGGCUGCGGAAAAGACGCGGGAGAGAGUCAGUCCCGGGCUGCAGCGGCGUGUGUGCGGGCGUGUUGGACUGGACAGCGAAGCUAAAGCAGAACCAGGUGGACCUGAGCAGCCAUGCUUCCCGGGGUGGGCGUGUUCGGCACCAGCCUCACUGCCCGAGUCAUCAUCCCUCUGCUGAAAGACGAGGGUUUCGCGGUGAAGGCGCUGUGGGGCCGCACACAGGAGGAAGCGGAGGAGCUGGCCAAAGAGAUGAGCGUUCCCUUCUAUACGAGUCGCAUUGACGAGGUGCUGCUGCAUCAGGACGUGGACUUAGUGUGCAUCAACCUGCCGCCGCCCCUCACCAGGCAGAUCGCUGUCAAAACCCUGGGCAUAGGCAAGAAUGUCAUCUGCGACCGCACAGCCACGCCGCUGGACGCCUUCCGCAUGAUGUCGGCCGCCCACUACUACCCCAAGCUCAUGAGCAUCAUGGGCAACGUGCUGCGCUUCCUGCCGGCCUUCGUGCGCAUGAAGCAGCUCAUCGAGGAGGGCUACGUGGGCGAGUUGCUGGUGUGCGAAGUGCAGGUGCACAGCGGCAGCCUGCUGGGCAAGAAGUACAACUGGAGCUGCGACGACCUGAUGGGCGGAGGCGGCCUGCACUCGGUGGGCACGUACAUCAUCGACCUGCUCACCUUCCUCACUGGCCAGAAGGCCCUCAAGGUCCACGGGCUGCUCAAGACCUUCGUGAAGCAGACCGACCACAUCAAGGGCAUCCGCCAGAUCACCAGCGAUGACUUCUGCACCUUCCAGAUGGUGCUGGAGGGCGGGGUGUGCUGCACCGUCACCCUGAACUUCAACGUGCCCGGAGAGUUCAAGCAGGACGUGACCGUGGUGGGCUCUGCCGGGCGCCUGCUGGCGGUGGGCACGGACCUGUACGGGCAGCGCAAUAGCGCCCCGGAGCAGGAGCUGCUGCUGCAGGACUCCACACCUGUCCGCAACUCCCUGCUGCCGGAGAAGGCCUUCAGCGACAUCCCCUCGCCCUACCUGCGGGGCACCAUCAAGAUGAUGCAGGCCGUGCGCCAGGCCUUCCAGGACCAGGACGACCGGCGCACGUGGGAUGGCCGGCCGCUCACCAUGGCUGCCACCUUCGACGACUGCCUGUACGCCCUGUGCGUGGUAGACACCAUCAAGAGGUCCAGCCAGACGGGCGAGUGGCAGAACAUUGCCGUCAUGACAGAGGAGCCGGAGCUGAGCCCCGCCUACCUGAUCAGCGAGGCCAUGCGCAGGAGCAGGAUGUCCUUGUACUGUUAGCGCAGACUGGGGACCUAGGGGACUUAGGCCUUCUGCGCGGGGCCCAGAGGGAAAGGUGUGGGAGAGAGGUAGCGUCCAGGAGUGUGGGGAUGGGGAGGUGGAGGGACAGUGGGAAUAGGUGGUAUCUGAGAAGGUGAACCGCAGCCCAGGUGAGGGGCCCAAACAAGACUGUCAGGAUGCUGAGUAAAUAGCCCGGGAGUGUUCAGAGGGCCUGCCUUUCCUGAGAUCAUCCCUGCUGGGCACUUGCAUGAGAGGGAGGAGAUUUAGCUGCCUCUGCUGCCCUUUUCUGUGAGGAGCAAGGAGGGAUGCCUUUCCCCUUCACCUCAUCCACUCCCCAUACCUUGGCCUCCUUUGCAAGCCAAAUGCUCCGGUGAGGUCAAGCUCAGUUGGUGUGGCCUCCCUAGUCUGCCCCCCACAAAAAAUCUCGCAGGAGAAGGCACAUCCUCCCAUAUCCACACAAGCCUGUUGGCUUGGGGAAAGGUGGGGGUGCAAUGGGCUACUGAGAAAGUUCAAAUUCUAGGAAGCCACUUUAAGUGUCUGGAGGCAAAAGUACUUGGAAACAAAGUGUACAGCUUUCUUGAUUGAUUGGUCUUCCUCAUAGGAAGCAGGAGGGAGUGUCUUCCCAAUUGGCCCACUGCCCUUCACUUGGCCUGAGGUGGGGUAAGGGAGUGCUGGGAAUGCCAGCAGAGACAGGGCUUCUUUAAGCCAAAAUGAGAGAGCAAGUACAUACUCUGCAUGGAAAACAGACGGGGCAGAGAAUAGCAUAUCCCUUUGAACUCGUCAGCAAUUAAAAAACUGCAAGAAGCCAUCUUAUAACACUACUUCUGGUGGAGAGUUGAGUGUAAGAGGGAUUCCAUGCUGAAGGAUCGAGGUUGUCCUUUCACCUGGCUCCCCAGUUAAGGCCAAGGAGACAGGAGGAGGUUUGGGCCUGACUGCAAGCUUAUAGCUGCCCUCAAGAGGUGGGGCAGCUGCGUGCCCCAGUGUUGCACUGGGGGUUCCCCCCAGAAGGGAAAGGGAGCCAGCCCUGGAUUUGUGUUCCAACACCCAUGCCUCCUACAAGCCAGGGAAGGGCUUUUAGGAGUUUCACGCAGCUCUGUGGAUGGAUGUAAAAGGCAAGUCUUCAGUUCCACUCAGAUAUAAUCCACUUCCCCUAAAAAGAAGUAAAGGCUCUUUUCUCUAGCUUUGACCUUUGUUUUCAUGAUUCUGGUACCGCCCCCUCCCACCCCCCUCCCAAAUGUAAUAGGUGUUAAACAAAAGGACAACAAGGAACAUAAGUUUCAAUGUUUCUAAAAUGGGGUUUAGAGGCCUCUCAGGUGUAUCUUCAUGGAGGAUUGAGAAGCUGAUGUUGGAAAAAACAUAUUCUUCUACUCCUUGGUCUCUUGUCUCUCUUGUCACCCUCUACUUACAGAGCUUUCACUGGAGAUGGCGAACUGCAGGCUCAGAACAGGCAGCCAAAAGGGAACAACCUGACACACACACAUAUGGGCUUGUCAAUGCUCACUGCCACCCAAUGUCACUGAAAUCGCUCUUAAAAACUCAGGACAAGUCUUGAAAGAAAGGCCAAGUCAAAUACAUUUUGAAAACAGAAUUACCCUUUUAUCUUUUCUUAGUCCUUCAUCCCAUCAAGGCAUUUGUCAAGGUUGGAUGAAGAAACUAGGACUUGUUCACAGCUCACAACUGAGGCUCAGGCUUCUCUUCCUAUGCCUGGCAGUAGAGCUAGAAGGGAACUUAAGGGGUCAAGAGCUCACUCCCAGGCUCUGCCAAGGCGGAAUCUGAAAACAGUGUCAUCAGUUGCAGCCUCCAUGCUUCUCCCAGGUCAAUCUGUGCAGCCCAGGCUGCCCAUGGGUGUGGUGUGGCUGUGUAAGCAUCAUGGGGAUCGUGGUCAUUUUCUAGCUCAGAGGAGCAAGGACUGCCUCCCUGGAAACAUCACUCUACUUUGGGGGCCUUACCACAACACAGUCAGGUUAGUCAGCUAAAACUCUCCAGGUACCUUCUAGUCCCUGAUGUGUUUUCAGACUUCACGAUGAUGUGUUCAAAACUAGAGAUUUGGUAGAAUGGAAGUCUCGCAGUAAUAAUUUGAGCAGAGGGCCAUGCCAUGGGCUGUUUUGGUUCAGGUUCUCCUAAAUUGCCCUCUGGACAGCUUUUGUGGAAACUGAAUGGAACUUUUUGUGUGUGGUUUUUUCCCCCUGUAUUUUUUGUUGUUGUUGUUUUGUUUUUGUUUUUUGGGGGUGGGGGGUGGGGGAGUGGUGGUGUCCUAGCGAGCCUGAAAGGCUGUGAUUAAGGAUGAAGGAAAAGGAAACUAAAUGACUCUAUGGGCCUCAUUUUUCUAAGUCAUUUAUAAUCUAGGGAUUUUCCUGGGGUUUUAAGUUUCUGUACUUACCAAAUUACUUGGGAAUUAUUUGCCCCUGAAGGUGUCUGAACUCUGCAAAAAAAUAUUCAGUGUCUAAAACAAAAAUUCUUUGAGGCUAGGGUAUAUAGAAAGAAUAUACUUUUUAAAAGCAUGAAAAAUAUUUUAGUAAAUGUAGUCAAAUGUUACCUACUGACAUGCAUGUAGUAGGUAAAUGCAGGAAUGAGAGAAAGAAAGGACUGAGAUAGUUAAUUUUUUUAAAUAUAAAAAUUGUAGUAAAUGGGGUUAAGCUGCUUCUUUAGUGCUCCUUUUGCGCCUGUCCUACCACUAGCAGAGACUUAAUUGCACUAUGAAGCUAAAAUCUCAAGCUUUCAACAGAGCUUGCUGAAACAAAGCCCAGCACGAACAGCACCCUUGGGGGUCUGGGUACUAUCAGCUGACUUUGACCCCGGACAAGUCCCAGCAAUAAUCCAGCUCUUUCCACUUUUUUAGUGUUUCAAGGAGCUGGUGUAAUAGGGGCACCACUUCAGGGUCAUCACAUUUAGUCCCAUCCUUGUGUGGAUGCCUCUGCUACUGGAAGUUUUGGCUCAUGCCACCGGUUGCCUCUGCUGAUGUCUCAAAUUCCAAAUUCUGAGAGGGGGGUAGGCCAGGGGUUCCUACAUGGCAUCCACAGUGUGUGGACAUGCUCUGGGCUUGUCCGAUUCUUUCUGUUUUCCUCUGGAGAGAGAGUCCAUGACCACUCUCAGCUUCUUCACGACUCUCCCUGUAAUGGGAGAGGUGGAGCAGGAUCCACAGAAACUCCUUAGCCUACCUGGCAGCAAAUACCGUUGUGUCGGUGUAUCUGUUCCCUGGAGGUAGUCUUGGCCAAGUCCAGCUCAUGACGAACUUCUCCCAGAGCCUUUUUCCUCUGCAGAGCCAACGAGUACUUCCUGUGCUCCGCCAUUUCUUGAUAUCCAUUGUGUGCAGGGAUUUUAAGUUCAUUAUCUCAUUUAGUCCACAAAAACAACCCUUUAGUAUUGGGGAUUGUUACUCCCACGUUACAUGAGGUAAUCAAGGCUCUGAAAGAAAGAGGAACUUGCCAGAGUCACACAACUAUGAAGCAGAGACAGGGUGACCCCGUGGUUUUACUGUCAGCCCUGGCCGCCCGCCCAGGCAAGCUUGUAAUUGCCACACUAGGCAUAGGGCCACCCCCCAGGACAUGGUCUUGUUAUUCCUCUGCUCACUGCUGGUGUAAACAAAAAAGGGCGCAAGAGUCAAGAUGCAACAGUGCGACACUUUAGUAGCCUGAGAGCCAGACACUUCAGUGGUCCUCCCAAGGGCUCCAGAAACAGGGACUGUGAUGUGGGGAAGGAAAAGGUUGGUAGGCCCCCACUUCCCACUGUUAACUAAUAUGGUCACUCAGAUAUGGUACUGGCUGCACCUCCAGACUCCAAUGAGAGCACUUGAGCCCAUCACCUCUUAAAGCAGCAUUGGGGUGGGGGAGGAGGGAGCUUCACUUGUCCCCGAAGCUGGACUCAGGGCUGUCCCCUGAAACCCAGCGUUCCCACCUGCACACUUGCCCGCUAGGGAGGGAAUGCCUGCUGCUGGUAAAGACAAAGCCACAGAGCAGACGCAGACAGCUUUCCUUCCGUUGUCCUCCUCCCUGUUCUCAAAAGGGAAUUGAAUGCGGGGCUUUGAUCAUUUUUUUAAUCAUGAGCUCUCCAAUGUCAUGGCCUCUGUUCCAUAAACUUCAGGACUUUGAUGGCCAAUAAACGUGGGCAGUGGGUGGAACAGGAGUCCUAAGCCAGAUCUGUAUCUAGGAGAGGGGUGUGUGUUGGGGGGGAGGGAGGUGGGUGUUAUUAGAACUGGCCUCAGGAAAUCCCAAAGGCCCACAUCUGGAUUUAUGUCUCCAGCCUUGCCAAGUACCAUACAAAUUAGAGAUAACUGAUCACAUUAUAGUCACAGUGGGAAACCUUAAACAGCUAGUUUUUAUGAGUACCUUCAAGACAUAAAUGAGUUUCUAGAAAAUUGAUUCAGCUGCAACAACUCAGGAAAUACAGUCCAUUUGCAGGUCUGAGUUCUAAUUGCAACUCUUCCACUAAGUAGCCAUGGGACCUCAGACAAGUCAUUUCAUCUCUCUGAGCCUCCCUCUCCCCACCUGAGAGCUAUGAAGGUGUUGUGUGCAGCAGGAUGUGACUUAGACAGAAAACGUGGCUUCUAGUCCUGGGUCUACCACUAAAAAUCAGUGUGGCCAUCACUUAACCUCUGGGGGACAGGAGAUAAAGUCCCUGCAGAUGCAACUGCAUUUACUUUCACCGAGGAUGUCACUAGAAUGCCGAAUCCCACCCAACCCCCACCUCCAGAAUAAAGACAAUGGAAUCAGAAACCUAAUUUACAACCACAGGUCAAAUUCAACAGCUGUGGCUAUGAGACAGGGUGAGAGUUAAGAGGGUAUAAAGGUAAAAAUGCAAUGCACUGCUAAAUUUUGAGUCACAAAAAAAUGAACUUAGAAAGCCCACUCCCUAAGAAAAGACAUUUUCCUAUGUUAUACUCAACCACCGGGAGCAAACUCCAAGGCCAUCUAUAAUAAUCGGCCAAUGACAUUUUGAAAAUCCCAACUCUGGUUUGCUGCAUCACCUACAAUCAGAAUCGACUUAGAAAGUCAAUUUUAAAAGAAGCUGAGUAUAUAUGUAUGUAUAUGUAUAAAACCAAACUUAUGUAUAAAAAGUCAAGGCAUGUAUACUAGAUAUUUUAAAGAAUUAUUUAUCAAGGGAAAAAGAUGUGUGUUAUAAAGUAAACAGAGUCUAUAUUUUCUAUAUAAUGUAGAUAGCAAAAAUAGCUUAUAAAUUAUAGGUUUUUGUUUUCUUUUUUUGUUAUUAAAGAAAUAAAAAGGACAAAGAAUGCAA